CCCUUUCGGGGCUCCGGACGACCAGCAACCCCGGGCUGGGUUGGGGGCCCGAGUGACUGAAGGGCGCUGCUGCUUCGCGGACCCGGGAGGCGAGAGGGUAUCAGAAGAGCAGAUGUUGGUCUUUGGGAUGCUGAAACAGGUGGUCCAUGGGACAGCACAGAGCAGAGCCUCUGGCUGCUGGAGGUUUGUCUUGCCUGUGCGGUUUCUAGGCGGCUCCCCACAUGGAAUCCCAGCAGACGCCAGCUUCCACUCCACCUCGUUCUCCAAAGAAGAGCCUCCCCGGGUCUUGAUCACAGGGGGUCUUGGCCAGCUGGGAGUAGGACUUGCUAACCUUUUGAGGAAACGAUUUGGGAAGGACAAUGUGAUUUUAUCAGACAUAAGGAAGCCCCCUGAUCAUGUCUUCCACAGUGGCCCGUUUGUUUAUGCCGACAUCCUGGAUUACAAGAACCUUCGUGAGACUGUGGUGAACCACCGUAUCAGCUGGCUCUUCCAUUACAGUGCUCUGCUGAGUGCUGCCGGAGAAGCAAAUAUGUCCUUGGCCAGAGAUGUGAAUAUAACUGGACUGCAUAACAUUCUAGAUGUUGCAGCCGAAUACAGCGUGAGGUUGUUUGUGCCCAGCACGAUUGGGGCUUUUGGACCUACCUCUCCUCAGAACCCUGCGCCUGAUCUUUGUAUUCAAAGGCCCAGGACCAUCUAUGGGGUAUCCAAGGUCCAUGCAGAGCUCAUGGGAGAAUACUAUUACUACCGGUAUGGCUUAGAUUUCCGGUGCCUGAGGUAUCCUGGAAUCAUUUCUGCAGAUUCCCAGCUCGGAGGAGGGACAACUGACUACGCAGUCCAGAUUUUCCAUGCUGCAGCAAAGAACAGCACAUUUGAGUGCAACCUCAAGGCCAGCACCAGGCUCCCCAUGAUGUACAUCAGCGACUGCCUCAGGGCCACCCUGGAAGUCAUGGAGGCCCCUGCAGAGCGCUUGUCCAUGAGGACCUACAACAUCAACGCCAUGAGCUUCACCCCCGACGAGCUGGCCCAGGAGCUCCGAAAGCACGCGCCCAACUUCCAGAUCACCUACUGUGUGGAUCCUCUCAGGCAGGCCAUAGCGGAGAGCUGGCCCAUGACCCUAGAUGACAGCAACGCCCGGAAGGACUGGGGCUGGAAGCAUGACUUUGAUCUUCCAGAGUUGGUGGCUACGAUGUUCAACUUCCUCGGAGCCAGCGCCAGAGUUGCCCAAGCUAACUGAAAGAGGAGGAGCCGUUCCCAUGUCCUCACAGUGUAAGGGGCGCUAAGUUGGAGGACUAACCGGACUGAAUUCUGGCAGCUCACAUGGACCUUCUGGGUUGCCUUUGUUGUGUGCCUGAGCUGGUCAACGUGGCCCUAGGGGUGGUGGCUAUCUCUUGGGAUUUGCAACACUUAUAUUUAAGUAAAUUCGAUUUAAGUAUCA